AUGGAAGGUCCGGCAUCAGCAGGUCAUCAACGGGCAUCACAUAGCCGCCAAGCCGCAUGCCUUAACUGCCGGAAGAGCAAGAUAAGAUGUGACCGCAGCCAAGGAGAGAUUUCUUGUGACAAGUGCAGGCAUGCUGGCUUGGAAUGUGUUGUCCCAACUCAUCAUGUCGGAAGACAGAAGGGCGUGAAGAACAAACGCAAAGGCCUAGAAAAAGCACUGCAUCAGAUAGAACAGGCCAUCAAACGGCCAAGGACCAGUCGUCCAGCUGUUGAGGCUGCGCAGAAAGUCCUUUCGGAUCUUCAGGAUCUGCUGACGCAGACUCAGCUACAACAGGCCCGGGACGAUAGCAAGGACCUUUCCGAGGACUCCGACCAACAAGAACCCUUGCAUUUCCCUCACGGCUCCAACUCUGGCGAAAGUUUGGCGCUGGACGAUGCAGAAAACCCUCUACAGUUACUUGCGCGUGCCUCAGAUCUCCAGCUGUCUCCAAAAGAUGUACGGAAUACAGCAAUGUGGCCUUUGUUGGCAACCUCGCAGCCAGCGACGGGCGUGUCGGGGGUCGUUCAGGAUAACGUUACUGCUGCAAAAUCCUUCUUUGUGCCAGUGAGAGCCAGCUUAGAUAUUGGCCCGGAUAUGGAUCCUAUAGAUAUUGGGCUUGUUACAUUGCCUGAAGCUGAAUCUCUUUUCACCUUCUUUUAUGAAAACCUCGCGCAUACCAGGUGGGGACUCGAUCCUCUGAUUCAUACUGUCGAAUUUGUUCGCUCUAAAUCAGCCUUUCUUUUCACGUCCAUCAUGGCUACCACUGCCCUGUUUCUGCCGUCUGCUGCAGCAAUAUCCAAACGACUAUCUAGACAUAGCAAAUUCUUGGCCAAUAAGGUGAUGCAAGAAAGGUUCAGGUCAGUCGAAAUUGUCCUGGCUUUCAUGGUCAAUGUUCCCUGGAUGGCACCGGGGGCUUGUUUGGGCGAUGAUGACGCUUGCUCUUACAUUGCCAUGGCCCUGACAGUGGCACUGGACCUCUCCCUGAACAAGAUUGUAUUGCCAUCGACGAGCUUUGACAGUGGCCUUGCACGGAGGCUUGCUAAAGCUGAUUGCAUAGAUGCAAGAAGGGCUCUGCAAAUAGAUGGAUUCGAAGAGGUUGACCCAGCCUCGAAUUGGGGCAGAAGACUGUUACGAAGGCGAGAAAGGGCUUGGAUAGCACUAUUCGUCCUAGAGCGAGGUGUCUGCCUGGCCCGGGGGAGGAGCUAUACAGUGCCGUCGACGGCCCUGACUGAGAAUUGCGAUCGAUGGCAUGUCUCAGACCUUGCAGAUUUUCGCGACGGCGCCAUGAAUUCAAUGGCCAUACUCCGAAGAAACUUGGUAAACAUUCGACCCAUCUUCACCCUAUCCGAUAUAAUAAUCAAGACAAUGAUAGAAUGCUUCUAUACCGAAUGGUACGAAGCUUGGGCGCCAGAAAUCGGAGAGGGUCAAUGUCAGUUUGGUCAUCCCAGUCAUCUAACCUUCAAGUCGGUGCUAAUUCCUCAAGCACGCGCCCUUCCCCCAUACGUAGAAAUCCUGGUGACGCACACACAGCUUUCGACUUACGGCGGCGUAAUAAAUCACCCUACAGCACCUAUUGAAGUCAAACGAUUCUUCCGUGCAGCUGGCCUUUCUUCAGCUUUGAACGUUAUGCGAGCCGCAAUUCAAGGCGAAGGGAGGUUAAAGUCAAUGCCAAACAAUACCGUCAUCAUGAUUUCCUUUGCUGCGUGCUCUGCGCUGAGUCUCAGUUCAAUGCCAACCGAUAGCAAUUCUAGCUUAGCCCCAAGUGUCCGGAACCUAAUUGAGGAAACUGCUGGAGUCCUUGAAAGGAUCGGAAGCACACCCAGUCAUAGGAAUGGGGCAUCUGUGCUCUACGGGAGGUUCUUGCGUGAGCUUGUUCGACGUACACCGGCCGCUUUGGACUCGCAACCUCAGAGUGAUCCUCGCAUUUCACACACAGAAGCACUCCCAUCAACAACUUUGGAUGCGUUUAGCGCUAUUUCUUCACCGGUCCAACAAAGCUUUGCGCCUUCUAUGUUCUGGUCCGAGCCCAUGCAGUUCUCGGCUAUGUCUGACGACCAGAUCAUUGAUGCUGUCAAUCGAGCCGGCACUGCUUUUGGCGCGAGUGUUCCAGAUGUUCCACUUGACGAUCUGAUGAGUUGGAACUGGCUCGAUAUAGCCAACCCGGAGUUCAAUUUGUGA